AAAAAAAAAAAAAAAGGCGGAAAAUUUACGAUUAUGAAAGUAUGACACAUUUGCUGUGAUUUUUUCGAAGGAGCGAUGGAAAUACCCCCGCUUAGCAUCGCUUGGCAGGGUAAAGAGGCCAACAGAAAAGUAAAGCACAAUUGCGCCAGUUGAAUGCCCCCAAAUUGGUUUCCCGUGUGCCUCUCAUGAACGUACGUACGGACGAACUGACGUCGCGCGGCAGCAUAAAAGAAGCGUUGCCAUCUGUCAUGUGAACUUCCAGGCGAACUGCCAUCCGAGCUGCCAAGUGAAGUGCACACAAAAAAAAUGCCCCUUUUUACCGCUUAACGCGCCGAAAUGGAACAUAAGCAGGCGGAAAAAACAGAUAGCAGUGGUGACAUAUGCAGCCGAAGCAAUGACGGCGAUUGUGAGGGGAAAGGCAACAGAACGAAGGCUGGGGGAGGUUCCCCAAAAGGGAGUAAACAACCAGGGCGCCCCAAACUCACGAGUGAAAGUUUGCGGGGAGACAAUUCAGACACCUCAAAAGGGAGCGGGCGGGAUGAGCUCAGCGAAGGUAUAAGCGACGACUUAGUGGACCGCUUGAUAGAGGGGAUGCCCAUCGAAAAUGCCGACAAUGGGGAUGUGGGGGAUGGGAAUAGCUACGACCCGGGGAAAAGCUACGAUCUGGAGAAGAGCUUCCACCGAGAGGACAGCCCACCCGAAGGAGCCAACUGGAGCGACGACUUGAGCCUCCUGUGCAGAAGCUUCGACAGCGGGAGCGGCGAGCACUCGGAUGACCCCCCGGACGACAGCAUCGCGGAAUUUAUAAUAAAAAAAAAAAUAUACGAAAGGAACAUUGCCAUGAUUGAGAAACAGAUACAGACGAAUAAGCUGAACAAGCUCACGCGGGCGCGGGAGGGUCUUCUGGAGAUGCUCGUGCUAAUAAAAAAUAGGAAACUGAGUUUGAGCUGA